CCGAGUCGUGGCUGUGCGGGGAACAAGCCUCGUCAUCCAGCCACGCUUCAUGGUGGAUUCGAAUCCAAACCCCUGUCUUCGUCCAAGGCCGAGUCAACUCCAGCGGCAUUUGAAACCAGGCAGCCCAUCAUGGCGGCCCACAGCUGCUCAUAUUUCCUCAGCGCCGAUUCUCCUGCGAAGGAGAACCUGUCUUCUUUCUUUUCCUAUGGGUGAUUGCGGAUUGGUUCAUAUCUCGAAGUUCACCAACCGAUAAGUUAGCUGCGAUGCCCUUCUUCGCCAACACGCCCGAAGCCCGGCUGGGCCGCUCCGACUCCAAGAACCCCGCGACAACAUGCAGAGGGAUCACGUCGAACGGCCGGCCAUGCAGACGCCCGCUUACUGGCGCAGACACGCCCUCGGCCAGUUCGCGCCUGAAACCGUCGAGCCUCCGCGCCGACGAUCCCCGCGACGAGAGUCUGUAUUGUUGGCAGCACAAGGACCAGGCCAGCGCGUCCGCCAAGUCGAGUCCGGGGCCUAGGAUGUCCCAUACUCCGAUUCUCGAGGAACGAACGAGCCUGGACACAUUAGCCGACCGCCUGGGACUUAUCAGCACCCAGACUGAGAAGCCACAUGGGCAUCGCCCGAGUGGGACGACGCGUCCAAGACCGAAAAAAGAGACGACCUUCUGCUUCUGCUUUCGCAUACCCGUUGAGGAGGAGAUUGAGCUGCCGCCGCGUCCCAAACCGCAGCCGGUCCAGCCGACCGUAUCCACCCCACCCCGACACAGCAGAAAGGACCACUCCGGCCAGUACCUGGCGCCUUCCCCGUCGCCAUCCCACCCUCGACCGAGCUCAGGCCACUCCCACGGACGGAGAUCGCGGCGUGGCUCAGAAACCUCGCAGACCGCCGCGCAGUUCAUGCAUCUCAUUCCGCAAGAUGCAUCGCCACAGACGGCCUCACAGCUCCUGGCGGAGCUAGCGAAACCGAUCUCACAGCAAGACGAGGCAGGGUACAUCUACAUCUUCUGGCUGACGCCCGAGUCGGACCCGUCAACGCCCCCCGCCGAGGCAGCGCGCUCGCUGCUUACCCCGCCGUCCACAUCCACCCGCGGCCGCCGACCGAGCGACGUCGUGGCUUCAUAUGCCAGGACGAUACGAGAUGAGGGCAACAGCUCAACUGGCGAGGACAAGAAGAAGAUCCUCCUCAAGAUCGGCCGCGCCAACAACGUCCAGCGCAGGCUGAACGAGUGGCAGCGCCAGUGCGGGUACAACCUGUCGCUGAUCCGGUACUACCCGUACGUGCCGUCCAACAGCUCGUCCGACGUGGUGCCGCGCAAGAUCCCCCACAGCCACAAGGUCGAGAGGCUCGUGCAUAUCGAGUUGGCCGGUCGUGGGUUGCGAGUCGCGGACCGCGAGAAGUGCGAGGCUUGUGGGAGGGAGCAUCGCGAGUGGUUCGAGGUGGAGGCGAGUAGGAGCGCGGUGGCAGACGUGGAUGAGGUGGUGAGGAGGUGGUCGGAUUGGGAUGAAGCGCAGGGGUGAGGGGUGAGAUGGAUUGAUCGCGAUGCUUUCCGGGCGAGAUUUGCGUGUAUCCAUGAUUGGGACCCAGGGGGACUUGCAUCUGGCAUGGCAUAUGGCGUUUAUGGUCGCGUUGCUUUCUACAAUUCGAGACAUUCACGGACCAUCCAUAAACAACAUGAAGCGUUGAUCUUCCGCAGGAAUUGGAC